AAAGUGUAAUUUACUCAUCGGCUUAAACGUAAUUUAAUAUGUACAAUAAGAAACAAAUAUUUUCCAUAACGCGAGAAUUUUUCUCCUUCUCUCUGUUCAUUUCCCCCAUCGAUAAUCACUGGCGCAAAUCGCCAAGGUUUGGCUUCAGAAAUCUCACCCUCUCUUCACUCUAUACUUGGCUUUUUACAGUCGUAGGCUUCAAGCAUCAUUUGAGGUUUUUUAGGAGGAGUGGAAAUGUCAAAGUCUUGCAAGGGACUUGCAAUGGAACUGGUCAAGUGUCUCAGUGAAUCUGAUUGUAUUAAGAUUGAGAAUCGAUCAUAUAAAGACUGUGCAGGAGAGAAGAGCCCUUCCAUACCAAGUGAGUGUGUGGGACUUAGAGAAACUUAUUUCAAUUGCAAGAGAGGCCAGGUUGACAUGAGAGCUAGAAUCCGAGGAAACAAGGGUUAUUAAGUUCAUGGGAAUGCUUGAAUGGACCCUUCCUGCAGGUUGGAACCUGGAUAAAGAAGAUGAUUGCUUUACCUUUACCUUGCUCAUAGCAGUAGAAACACACCUUACCUUGUACCCAAGGGAUUUUGUUGCCUAGAUGAUUGCUGGAUAAUGAUCAUGUAGCCCCCUUUUCAUUUCUUUUUGGGUUUGCCUUUCUUCCAAGUUCUUACUGACGACUGAGACUUGUAUAAUGAGAAUAUUAAAUAUUUUUUUCUUUUUAGAAGAAUAUCAUUGCUUGGACA